UUUAAGGUCACUGAAAUGUUCCUAUAAUAUUGAGCGACAGUGUGUGCCAUUUUAUAACCGCACGAAAAAUCGACUAGAUGAAAUCAUUAUUUGUCCGCAUCCAAGCAUUUCAAAUAAAGUAGUAAAAUAUACCCGGCAGAACAGUCGGAAACUAUAGGUUUUUUGUAGUCUACAUUUUCUUUAUUAACAUGUGACUGAACAUAUUGUCAUAGUUUGCGUCAGCUAUAUAAUUCAGAUUAAUAUAAAACUGAAAUCUGGGAGCCAUUUUACUACUUUUUGACCAUACAACGUGUAAAAUAUUGGAUUUAGAGAUAUUUAUAAGCGUGCAAAAUGGCCGUUGAGAAAGGAGAUGCUGAUUUUGUCAGUAAACUUAACGAGGAAGAAAAGAAGAAAGCAAAAGAAGAGCUUCAUGAACUGAAUGACAAAGACAGAGAGGGCGCUGUACAGGCGUUAAGAAAGUGGGCACUGGAACAAGAUUGGCUGAAAACUAAGACAGACUUCGAAUUCCUUUUACGAUUUAUUCGGGUAAGAAAGUACAGUCAACUUGGGGCCAGAGAAACUCUGGAAAACUUCUGGACGAACAGGACUAAUGUUCCCGAGUGGUUCAAAAAUGUCGACCCAGCAGACGAAAAUAUACACAAAAUUUUGCGUUUAGGGAUGGUGUACAUUCCAAAGGGCUACGACAAACAGGGACGUAAGGUUAUAUUUUCAGGCAUGGACGGUUUUGAUAUGACCUAUAUGAAAUCGAAAGAAGGUCAAGAUUUGAUCUACAAAACAUUCUGUCUAGUCUGUGAUUGGUUAACACUAGACGAAAAGGCGCAAGUUAACGGGGUAGUGUUCGUCUCCGACUACACCGGGGCCUCCCUGGAUUUUAUAAAGUAUUGGAAUGCAGAGCUGGAAAAGAAACUGUUGGCUUAUUUACAGGUAAAUGUUGGUUUUCCUUAG